CCCGCACGCCCGCCACCGACCCAGCCUCUGCGACGCUCUGUGUGACCGCGCCAGGCCCUUCGUGCUCGCAGGAGGCGCGAGCGGGAGCCAGAACGCCGCCGUCCGUGCUCGUGCUCGGCCCAGACCCCACUGACAGAGACACAGGGACAGAGGAAGCCCGUCUUGCCCCUCGCUCUCCUCUCGCGCCCUUCGGCCUCCUGCUCUCUGGACACGCGAGGUGAAGUCGCCAUGGCCGGUCCUGCUCUCUGUUAGUGCCAGGCCCUGGUGUUUGAGCGGCGGCGGGAUAUAACAAGCAAAAACAAAACACCAAAAAAACAAAACAAAAACGGCAACAAAGCUUUCCGGCAAAACUUGUGACUGUGGUCGUGGUAAUCGAAAGAUGGGGCUGAGCGUGAUGUUGACCCUGUGCCUGGUGCCCCUGGCGCUGCUGGCGUCGCUGCCCCCUGCCCUCGCGUCCCCCCUGGUGGCGGGCAACGUGGCCACCAACGAACUCAUGGACUCGCCCCCGCAGGAAGAGACCGACCUCGCCUACUGCCGAAGUGGAUCCGUCUGCGGGUAUCUUCAGGUCAACGUGUACGGGGUCAACGCCAAACAAUUUUGCCGAUGCCCGAGCAUAGCCGGGGCAUGCGGCCUUCACUGGGAUCCGCAAGAUGGCCGCUCCGUCACCAUGGGCUCGGAACAGUUUAAGUUCUGUGGAACCCCGCCGCCCCUACACGUCUGCGGGCGUGACGAGCCAGCCUACUCCGCCGCCUUCAUCUUCGACAGCGCCACGUUUUCGAUGUCAGGAGAACAGCACCGCCUCCACUGCUACUGCCCGCCGCCCAUGACCCACGUCCGCGCCGAUAUGGUGGAGGACGUGGUGGACGGGGAGCUCAUUAUGGCCACGGUGCAUGCUUGUUCAAGGCUCCCGACGUGCACGGAGGAGACACCGUGCAAGGAGGUGACCAUCGCCUCUGGCACGGCCCUCGUGUACCCCAAGUGCCGGUGCCCAAGAGAAUUCUCGUGCCCGACCCUUGGCACUUCCGUCACCCCGCACACCAACAACUAUCCAGGAGGCUCAGCAUACUCCGUGUUCUGCCAGCGACGUUUCUAAUUUCGCGUCCUCGAGCUGAUUGGGUUCUCCGUCGACUUCCCUGUCUCUUUUGCGGACCCCAGCUGUCGACUCCUUUGUCCUUGCGUUGCGUCGGCUCGGUGGGAGAUCGUUUGGCAUUCUCUAGUCGACUGUGACGUGUUUUUUGGUUAUCUAUGGGUUUGUUUUAUUGGGUUUGUCAGUCUGUUUAUUUAUGUGUUUGAUUUUCUUUCCGGGUUGUUCCUUUUUGCACGAUUUCUUUAUGCUUUUUCUGUAUUUUUCCUUAUUUAUCGGCUCGAGUUAAAGUCAUAAAGUCUUGUUCGUUUUAAGUUUCCUCUUCCUCACUCUCUCCCUUCCCCUCUUUCACGGGUUUCAUUCAAUUAUCUUUCACCUCUCUUUUCUUUUCUUCUUCUUC